GCUGUGGGCCAAAGCGCUCACGAGCUUUCGCUGCGAGAUGGGCUGCUGAUGCUUGGAACCCUGCAGCAAUUGGAGUUGCGGGAGGCGGCGUUAUGGCAGCCGCUGCUGUGGCAGCUUCAUAGAGUGGUCGACAAGGAGACGUGGUCUCCUGCAGUGGCCAUCCACCUCUUCCGGUCACUGGAGAGGCUCGACUGCUACUGUCAGCUGCUCGCGGAGGAGGUGGAUGCUGUGCAGGCGUUCUGUGCAAAGACCGCAGAGCUACUGCAAGGUAUGGCUUCGACCUCUGAGCUGGAGGCGCAGAAUGCCCUAUCCCUGGCGCGAUCACUCCAGGUGGCAGCAGAAGGCGCCCCGAUGUCUGAGGAGUGGCGCCAAGCUAUUCUUGCACACGUCGCAGCAACGGCCUGUCGCUUAGACGUCAAUGCAUGGUCGACCGGUACCACAGAAGGACAGCGCAGUUGGCUACAACAUGCCUUCCUCCUUGGCCGUGCGGUCUGGGCCACAGGGCAUCCAGGCGCGCGGCGGUUGCUGCUCAGUACGAAGGAACCAGACUUCCAUCUGUCUCCUGUGGCUGCCCUGCGGUUGCUGCGAAGCUUUGCAGCGGCGAAUUUCGACCUGUCCUCAUCGAGUCCACUACCGGGAGCGCUGGCGACGGUGGGAACGAUGGACGACUUGAAGGGCUGGCAGAAAGCGCUUCUGCUGCCCUCCUUGGCCGCCUCUAGCAGCUACCAGACGCCACCAAUGGAUGAGCUUCUAAGCAGAUGCUUGUCCUGGGACGAAACUGUCGUCCCUGAGCCAGCCGAGAUGUCUCUAGCUGGCCUCCUUCUUCUGUCGAAAGCUGCAGAUGAGCCGGAAA